UUUCACUUCAUAUCGUUGGAAUUUGUUGAGGAGAAGAGACGCUAUCGUUCAAUUGAAAAUGGUUCGCCGAAAAUCAAAAAGGAAGCCACCACCAAAGCGCAAGUUGAUUGAACCAUUGCAAAAGUAUUUCAUGUGUCCAUUUUGCAACAAUCCAAAGUCUUGUACAGUUACAAUGAAUAAAAAGCAAAAAGUGGCUGUAAUUAAAUGUCGAUUUUGUGAGGUGGAAUAUCAGACCACGAUUACCUAUUUGUCUGAUCCGAUAGACGUUUACAAUGAAUGGAUAGAUGCUUGCGAUGCCGUUAAUUAAGAAGGACGUAUCCCAAUAAUGCACAUUAUUUUAAAAAAUGAUAUAUGCUGAAUAAAUAAAAAUUGA